CUGACACAAGAUUUUACCAAAGAGCCUGUGGUGUCAAGCUUGGGGCACAUGUCAUACCAUGUCCAAAUUUAAUCAUGUACUAUCUAGUCUUAGAAUAGACAGUAAAGCUCAAGCAAAAAUCUAAAAAAUUCUUUGAGAGCUGUAUCUAAUAAAUCACAUCAGGGAAGCAUUUCAAUUCUAAUUCUAAGCUGUGCUUCUGUGUAAAAGAAUUUGAUGACCUACUUCUAAAACCUAAUCACAUAUUAUUGUCUUGGCAGAAAUAAAUAAUUCUACUCUUGUCCCCAAGCAAUUGAGUUGAGGAGGGUUUAUGUGUUUUUGAUGGCUGUGUCAGAUGCGUGGUAUUUCCCGCAGACCACUUCCCUAGUUUGUCAUAGUUGCAGUUACUCUAGGAUUACAUUACAGCAGAUCGCAGGGGGGCGGGGUGUGUGCAGUUCAGCAGCAGGCACUCAAACAGAGAUGACUCCCGUCCUCUGCGCCUCGGACACAGUGGACUCAUCUAAGGAGUCAAACUGGAGAACUACUGAAACUGGACCUAUUACUCUUUCAUCGGAAUUUUUACAUUCCUACAAGUGCAGCAGUUCCGUUUUCUACAGCUGCUAAAGUGCGGUGGGUUUCAUUAUUAAUGCUUCAGGUUAAAGUCUUGCCCCCCCCUCCCCCUUGUCCGUGCAGCUAAAGCCCCAUCCCGGUGCACAAUGAGUGUUUGUGCGUGCAGCGCUUCAUACGAGCGGAGGUGGCUGCUGAGGGCUCUGCUGUUCUUGGCCGCUGUGCUCCCGACGAGCGGUGAUUGCCCCAAAUCAUGCGCCUGCUAUGUUCCAACUGAAGUGCACUGCACCUUCAGAUACCUAACCGCAAUACCUGACCACAUCCAGCCAUCUGUGGAAAGAAUUAACCUCGGGUACAACAGUAUUACUGUCUUGAGAGAAAAUGAUCUUUCAGGACUUGAGAAUUUGGAGCUCUUGAUGCUGCAUAGCAACACUAUCCACAGUAUUGAAGACAGAGCCUUCCGAGACCUCAAGAACUUACAGGUCCUGAAGAUGUCCUUUAAUAAAGUAAAGGAAAUCAACAAAGAGACAUUCAAAGGCCUGGACAGUCUGCUGAGACUCCACAUGGACCGUAAUCACAUUGAGUUUAUCAGCCCAGAGGCUUUCUAUGGCCUAACCAACCUACAGUUGGUCCAUCUGGAGGGUAACCACCUCCAGCAGCUGCACCCAGACACAUUCAUCACACUGAGACACAGCCAGGUGUUCAAGGUGUCUUCAGUCAGAAAUAUCCACCUGUCAGACAACCUCCUCACCACUCUGCCUGCAGAUAUUUUCUCAGGCUGCAGCUGGUUAGAGAACGUCUUCCUCCAUGGCAACCCAUGGACAUGCGAUUGCCGUAUGAAGUGGUUCUCAGUGUGGGCACAGAGGAACACAGGGGUGCUGAAAUGCAAGCGAGACAAGAGAUAUCCGGGAGGCCAGCUGUGUCCUGUUUGUGAAAAUCCUGCCCCUUACCACAGCGAACCUUUAUCCCUUCUCCCCAGUGAUGCCUUUACUUGUAGCAAACCCUGGAUCCAUCCCCACCUAAAGCAGAAAAACAUCAGCCUGGAUGAGGGGGACUUUACGCCAGUUUCCCCCAAGGACUUCAUUGCCCCAUUAGGCUCCAUACAAAUGAACCUGACUGACCAGUUUCACAGUGAUGCCAGUCUAUUUUGCACGGUCCAGAGGCCCUCUGCUUUCGAGAACCUGACACAAACCUUAGAGGAGGAAGAGGGUAACAAUGUCACCAUGCUGACCACUGUCAUAACUACAUAUUUGGUGUGUAACAUUGACCAUGAACACAUACAGCAGCUGUGGCAGAUCUUGGCCACCUACAGUGACUCUCCCAUGAGACUGGAGAGAGGCUUAAUGCUGGCCAGAAGCCCAGAAAUGGUGUACAGGUACAGUCAGAUGAAAACGAAGGCAGGAGAAGAAGGAAUUCACACAAACAUAGAGGCUAAAAUUAAAGCCUCCCCUGCGUGGUUGAUGCAGGGAGAGGUGAGCUUCCAACUUGACCGAACCACUACCACUUUCUCUACUCUGCACAUUAAGUACCAGUCGGUGGUCAACCUACGCGUGGAAAACACAUCACCCAAGAGGGACCGCUAUUCCUGGACAAUGAUCAAGCAAGAUAAUCAGACCAAGACUGAGCACACUGUACUUACAGGUGGUGUGGCACAGUUGAGCUGUCAAAUACGGGGUGAGCCAAAGCCUUUGCUGGAGUGGAUUUUACCUGAUGGAAGUAAGGUCAGAGCUCCUUACUCCAGUGAGGACAGGAGGAUCAUAAUCACUGCUGAUGGGAAGCUCACUCUACGGGGUGCAGAUGCCUCCGACACAGGUCUCUACCGGUGCAUUGCCACAAACUACCUGGAUGCAGAUAUCCUCAUCUUUCGAGUGACAGUUCUGUCCCCUGAUGUGGAAGAAGCUGAGGUCAACGGCGUCCAACUCUCAAGGCCACUGGGGGAAAAUCUGGUUUUUGACUGUAGCUCGUCAUCUCCUGAGGCGUCGGUCCAGUGGAUACUCCCUGACCACUCAAUUCUGGACAAGUCUCAUGGGAACAGGAAAGUUUAUGAGAAUGGAACCUUGCUGAUUCAGGGUCUCACAGCGAGGGACAGAGGAUUUUAUAGGUGUUUGGUUGCUAGUCCCCUGGGAUUUGACCUGCUCGUGUCCCAGGUGACCGUGACUGAAGAAAGGUCUGAGACAGUAACAAUUUUGGACAGUGAGGGGUCAGGGGUGGAAAUGGAGGACAAGGUUGAUCCUAGCUUGACUGAAAACACAGUCACCCUCAAUGAGAUCCCUUCUUCCAAUCCCUCUGACAAAACUAGACAAGAAUCCAGAACCAUCACCUCAGAUCGACCCUACCCCAGACUCAGGUCACAGACUAGAGGAGGUGGUAAAAGAAGACUGGAACAGAGAAGGAGGGGGUCAGUCAGCAACAGACGCAUCUGGAGUGGUAGGGUCUUUGAUAAAGCUUCCAGGAAAGUGGACCCACAGAAAUUUGCCGAAUUUAUGAAAAAGGCUCAAGAUGGAUCAAAAAUAAAAACUGACACAGAGAAAGAGAGGGGAAAUUAUGACUCAGACUCAAACACUGGUCUUUCUGGUGAUGGUGAAACUGGCUCUGGUGAGGAUCAUAAUGAAGAUCAUCUCAUAAUUGUGCCAAGGAUAGUCAAACCAACUACAGAUAAUCCAACAAAAGCUAUAAAAUUUGGGCAAGGAAACAAGCAGCCUGAAGCUAUAACAUCAUCUCAGACAGGUCAGGGUAGUGAUGUAGCAACAGCAUCACAGCAAACUGUUGGCAUGGAAUCUGCAGUCAGAAAUCACUUUGAUUCAAAUCAAGUGACAAACACAGCAACAACAGAGUCAUAUAUGCAGUCAGAUUCUACACCAGUCAAGUACGCAUUCACACACAUUCCAACAGAAGAGAGUGAAAGUCAAGAUGAUGCAGUUACACCAUAUAACACGAUGUCAUACAACACAGGCCUUUCAAGUUUUGAUGAGACUACCAAGCGAGGCUCAGACAGGCGCCCAGUCACUCUCCAUCUUACCGUGACAGACACUUCACAAGAAACUCAGCUCCAGUUCUCAGGGGAACAACCGGCAGAGCCAGAGACGUUCACUGGGGCGGAACUCUCUUUUACCACAGACCCUACUGUCACACCGAUGAGGGAUGGCCCAGGCCCAGUGGAGGUAGUUGUUCACACAUCCACAGACCCAGAAAGCCAGACAAUAUUCACAGCAGUCACCACAACAGAGAGACAGCGAGAUGAGAUAACCGUCCACACCACCCAAACAAUCAAAUCCCCGCGCCUGCCUGUAGGAUCCACCAUCAUCUCAAGGCAGCAGAUCCAUAUCAUCCCACACAAGAAUAGCAGAGGAGGGGGUCGCAGGAGGACCUUUCAAGGCCGCAGGAGGAUCAUUAAACCAAACAGGAUCACUGACAUACAGUCCUUCAUCAAUAAACUUAAACAGCCCUCCAUGAAGAAAGAAGGGAAUGCCACAGUGCCAUACAGAAUCAAACUGACCACAGACUGUGACUGUGAUGAGGACAAAAAAAAGACAUCCAGUGAUGCACCUUCUAAUGCAACCUAUUACAUUACUUCAAGUGAUCCCUUCACCCAUACCGAGUCUAGGCCAGAUGUUUCCAGUGGCUACAUAACCUCUGCUGAUGCCCCUGAGUUUGACCCUACAGUACAUCCAUAUUUCACCACAAAUAAAGAACCAUCAGUUUCCACCAUGGCCACUACUACUACUACUACUACUACUACUACGCCCUCUAAGGUUAUUCGUGGAAGAAUUCCAUGGAACAGGCUGUUUGGAGGCAAAGAGAGAGAAAAGAUACUGGGCAGAUUAAGGAAGCCAUUCAUCCCCCUCAAAACUUCAACUACAGCUGAAACUACAACAGUGACCCUAACCACAACUCCUGCUGCUGUGCCCACCACCACCGCAAACUCACUGACUGAACCUGAGACUCUGUCUCCAUCCAGACACACAGAGAACAAAGAGGGCUCAUUAGUUGAUGACGAUGGAGAUUUGUCCUCUGCAGAUUUUGAGUUCACAACUUUGGGACCCACCUUUUACCAUCUAACUAUUACCAACCCAUCCUAUUACUCCAAGUCUGCCACUACUGCUGAAACACCACCAGAAUCACAGACUCUACCGUCCCCACCUACUGUCAAACCGCCUUCAAGAGAAAAUCCUGAUGAAGCCAUAUCAUCUGGGUCUGGGGGACUACCUGAUAAUUGGUAUGAAAUGAGACAGAAACCUGGUGGGAGAAGAGGAAAGCAAGGACGGAGAAGAAGGCCAUUCAGGGGCAGAAGACCCUUCAGGAAACCUGCAAUCAUUAAAUUACACUCUGCUACGACAACUGAGGCUUUAACUACAGCGGUAACAACUAUGGAAACUACAAUGGAGACAACCACACUAACACAACGUACUGUUUCAUUCUACAAGCCCCUGUACACUCCAUCAAGGAAAGAGGACAGAACCACAAUAGCCAUUUCCACUGACCAAACGUCAACAGGGGAGACUGACUUAUAUGAGGAAUUUUACUGGCGCACAUCUAGCAGUUUACCAGGCUAUACUACAACCAAGACACCGUUGAUCCCCUCAACCACAUUCACCCCUACUACCACAUUCAUGCCAGCUACCACAAAAGGGCCUUAUACAACAGCUCGGACCAGAGUCAACAGUAACAUCAGACCACCCACACAGAGGAACAAUGGUCACACCACUCGUAGACCACCAAUGAGACGGAUCAGACCAACUGUACAAAGCAGUGGUGCCAGAGACAGUGCAGAUGACCGCCUUACCUUUGACACAAUGACCGUCCUUACAGCUGAGCAAGGAUACAGCAACACCCCUGCCCCAUACAACAACAUAGACACACACACCAUCUUUAGUGUUUAUAAUCAUGUCACUAGCAAUGAAGCUACAAGUGUCAAUAUUGCUGGCUUUGAACCCACUACAAAGGUUAUGACAACCAAACCUAAGAUAGUUGGGGGAAAUGCAGCCAGCUUCACCGUGUUAUCCAACUCAGAUGCUUUCCUGCCUUGCGAGGCUGUUGGAAACCCUCAGCCAGCUAUAACCUGGAAACGCUUCUCCUCAAGCACAGGAAGCACCAUUACUAUUAAAAGGAGGAUGGGCAAGUUUGAGGUAUUGAGCAAUGGCACGCUGUCGAUCCAGAAUGCCAACAUUAAGGACCGUGGCCAGUACCUCUGUCUAGCUGAGAAUGAUCAUGGAUCAGAUAAACUCCUUGUUACCCUCUCUGUGGUGGCCUACCCAUCACGCAUCCUGGAGCCUAAAAUGCGUGACAUAAAGUCUCAUGCGGGAAACACUGUGGAGAUGAAAUGUAAUGCAGAGGGUCGGCCCACACCCAUGAUAUCCUGGAUCCUGGCUAACCGAACCCAGGUCAGGGAUCAAAACACAGAGAAAGGAAGGGCAUCAGUAUCUGCUGAAGGGACUUUGGUCAUUGAGCAGGUGUCUGUUUAUGACAGAGGUCAUUACAAAUGCAUUGCCAGUAACCCAGCUGGAGCUGAUACUGCUACAGUCCGACUGCAGGUGGUGGCAGCUCCCCCAGGCAUUGUGGAGGAGAAACGGCAGCACGUGAAAGCUGCUGUAAGCCAAAACAUGUGGCUACCUUGCACUGGCCAAGGCAGCCCUCAGCCUACUAUUCACUGGGUCCUCCAUGACGGGUCAGUGGUACGAUCUAACAGACCUGCCAAUAACGCACGAUUAACAGUGUAUGUGAAUGGAACACUCAACAUCAAGAACGUGACUCCCGCAGACAGUGGGAAAUAUGAAUGUAUUGCAACCAGCUCUACUGGCUCAGAGAGAAGGGUGGUGACUCUUACAGUAGAGAGGAAGGAAUCUGCACCUCAAAUAUUAGAGACAUCCCAGCGCAUAACAGAGUUGUACUUUGGGGACCAGUUGACACUAAACUGUUUAGCUACAGGAGAACCUAAACCCAGGAUCAUCUGGAGGCUUCCAUCUAAAGCUGUGGUGGACCAGUGGCACAGGAUGGGCAGCAGAAUUCAGGUCCUGGAUAAUGGUACUCUCAUUGUUAGCACUGUGAGUGAUAAAGAUGCUGGAGACUAUCUCUGUGUGGCACGAAACAAAAUUGGUGAUGAUCUCCAACUCAUGAGGGUAAGUGUGUCAAUGAAGCCAGCCAAGAUAGAGCCUAAGCUCUAUGGAAAGAAGCAGGUACCCUACGGUAAUGACUUUAAGGUCGACUGUAAAGCCUCAGGAGCACCAAAGCCAGAGAUCUCCUGGGGUCUACCAGACGGUACAGUGGUUAACAGCGCUCUUCAGUCUGAUGCCAGCACUGGAGGAGGACGAGCACGGCGCUAUACACUUUUUGACAAUGGAACUCUCUACCUAAACCAGGUUGGUAUGUCAGAGGAAGGGGACUACACCUGCUAUGCUGAAAACCAAGUCGGCAAGGAUGAGAUGCAUGUACAUAUCAGCGUGGUGACCGCUGUCCCCAAGAUACGUCCACCCAGCCAGACCUAUGCCAAGGUGAUGCCUGGAGGGGACAUCCGCUUUGACUGUGAAGCAACUGGGGAACCCAAACCCAAGAUCCUGUGGAUGCUGCCCACCAACGAUGUAAUUGCAGCAUCUAAUGAACGUUACCUAAUGCAUGUCAAUGGCUCUCUGGAUAUCAGGGGUGUGAAUCUUAUCGAUGCUGGGGAGUAUGUUUGUAUGGCUCGCAACCCUGGUGGAGAAAACAGAAAAGUGUACAAGCUUGAUAUAGAUGGCAAUCCACCAGUGAUCAAUGGCUACCGGCAGAACAGGACUGUAAUCAAAGAUGUAGCUGCUAAAUUCUCUAGGAAAUUUAUAGACUGCAAGGCAGAGGGCGAUCCCGCUCCUAGUGUCACUUGGAUUAUGCCUGACAACAUAUUUCUGACAGCUCCAUACUUUGGCAGCAGGAUUAAUGUUCACUAUAAUGGGACAUUAGAGUUCCGUCACGUGCGGCCAACUGAUACAGGAGAGUUCAUUUGCAUGGCAAGGAAUGAUGGCGGCGAGGCAGUAAUGGUGGUGCAUCUGGAGGUGACCAGUAUGCUCCGAAGACCAAUCUUCAAGAACCCCUUCAACGAACGUAUUGUGUCUUGGAUUGGGAGAACCACGGUUCUGAACUGCUCUGCUGAUGGACACCCAAUGCCGGAGAUCAUUUGGACUUUGCCUAAUGGAUCACGGUUCACUGGUGAACCCUACCAUGGCUCUCACCACCACCUUGGUAACGAUGGGACUUUAGUCAUCUCCAACCUUCACAAAGAGGAUGCCGGGAAGUACCGCUGUGGUGCUAGGAAUUUAAUGGGCUACAUUGAGAAGCUAAUUAUUUUGGAUGUUGGGCAGAAGCCUUACAUCCUGACAAGGCCUAGGGGCAUUAUCCGUAGUGUGUCUGGGGAACCUCUCUUCCUUCACUGUCUAUCUGAUGGAAGUCCCAGACCCCGAAUCUACUGGACCAUUCCUGGUGGCCACACUCUUACUCGCCCUCAAGUCUUUGGGCGCUACCAGUUACAAGAAAAUGGUACUUUGGUUAUUCAGGAUACUACUCUUCACGACAGAGGGAACUACAUCUGCAGAGCCCGAAACAAUGCUGGGGAGGCAUCGCUCACUGUCCCUGUUAUUAUCAUUGCCUACCCUCCACGGAUCAUAACAGGGCCGCCUCCUAGUGUGAAGGCAGUAACCGGGACACCUAUCCAGCUCAACUGUGCCGCCAUUGGCAUCCCCAAGCCAGAGAUCACCUGGGAGCUGCCCGAUCAUUCAAUUCUGUCAGCUGCAGAACAGGGCCGGCCUAUGGGUAGCGAACUGCUCCACCCUCAGGGCACACUUAUCAUUCAGAGGCCCACAGCCUCAGACUCUGGCACAUACAAGUGCCUGGCCAAAAACCACCUGGGUACAGACACAAAAGCCACAUAUGUACAUGUACUGUGAGAGAAAAGACUGAGGGAGGACAGUGGCAUAGUCGGAGGUAAACAUUAACACACACACAGCCACUUGUGUCUGUGAGGUACAGUACAUGUUUUUUCACAUGUGGAUCACGGCUUGUGGAAUAUUAUUAAUAAAGUGACAAAUGUGGAUAAAAAAAAUAAGCAGAGCAUAAGAAGGGGAUUUUUUUAAACUGGAAAACCCAGCCUGGAGCUAGAAAGUUGUUGUAAUUUUGGAGCUAGGGGUCUGGAAGUUCAUUGGUGGUUCUCAUGGGAGCAAAUGGGGCAGCCUGUAGUCAAACUAAAAGUGAUUUCCCUGACCAGAUGCUGCUGGCUAUAGGGAUACUAUUUCAGCACAUAGCGCAUACCACACAAAGAAGGAGAAGGAUUGUGUAGCAGACUGAAAGAAAAAAAAGCUCCAACGAGGAUUUUAAUUACCUUUGGACAUUGGUCAGAAGUUGUUGCUGUCAUGACGUGGUGCUUUGUCCUUUAACAGCAAAUGAAAAAGACAGCAGAUAGACUGCUGUAAAAAAUCAAUUUGUUGAAUAACGAAAAAGGUUUACUAAAAAAUAUAUGAGGCUUGUUUAACACUGGAUGCAUAUCUGUAUGGACAGGGCAGUGAUUUCACCAAAGAAUUACAUCAGCUUUCUUUAUUAUACUUUUUAUAUUUUUGUUGACAGUUUGCUGAUAGACUUUAUGUCUAUCAGCAGUGCAGAUCAUUGGUCAAAAAAUACAAAGACACACUAUCAGUCUAUUGUGUUGUACACAAGAAUCUACAGUAAUGUUAUACAUUAUGCUAAUCUGUAAUAAUACAGUAUAUGUAUCUAUUUGUAGUAUCUACUUUAUCAAAGUAUGUCAGAAAAAAAUGUAAUUAAAAAGUAAAGAUGGUUCUUGUC